GUUACAGGCGGAAGUGAAUUCCUGAAACCUCGCGCGCCCCCAGAAUCAGCUGAUGGGACGGAUGAUAGCGAUGACGUCACUCGCGUAAACGGCAGGAGUCCAUUACUAGCUCGACACUUUGACACCUAACGAUCAUCCGUUUCUUCAGGAAUGGCGUUUGUUAAAAGCGGAUGGCUUCACCGCCAGAGUACCAUCUUGCGUCGCUGGAAGAAAAACUGGUUUGACCUUUGGUCAGAUGGCCGUCUAAUUUUCUAUGAUGACCAGCAACGGCGUGACAUGGAGGAUGAGAUCCACAUGAGGGUGGACUGUAUUAAUAUUCGCAAUGCCAAUGCAUGUCGAGAUCUAACACCUCCGGAAGGAAAAGGCAGAGAAGCCCUUCUUCAGAUUGUGUGCCGUGAUGGACGUGUUAUCAGCCUCUGUGCAGACAGUGCAGAUGAUGCCCUGGCCUGGACCGUGGCCCUUCAGGAUGCCAGAAUCAACACAGUGGUGGCACCCCCUCAGUUUGGUUUUACCCAGGAAGUUAUUGCCUCCGCUCCUCCUUCUUAUGCGGAAUUAAACCCCACUCCUCAGGUAUACUACCCAGACCAAUAUGGCGGCUAUGUCCCUUAUCCUCCUCCUCCCUAUGCCCCUAAUGCUGUGUACUCUGCAGGUGGGCACCAGUAUGCAUUUGCCUCCCCCUAUCACCACCAAGGAGCGUACCCUGCACAUGAAGUCAACCAUGUGAUCAUUGAGGAGCGUCGGCGUGAUGAUGCAGGGGGUAUCGCUCUCGGCAUGCUCACCGGUGCUGCAACAGGAUUGGCUAUCGGUUCCCUAUUUUCUGUAUUUUAAUAUGCAUCAUUCUGUCCCUCUGAGUCCCAACGUGAGAUGGACUAGUCUUGUGCUACUGCUCUUAUCUUUGCUGCAACCCCAUGAUGUAUGUAAUACUUAGAUCUAAUAGAUGUUAACUGCCUAACAGAUCACAAGCGCUUCCACACAGCUAAUUAGUCUAUAUGAACCAAAGCCUCAUGGUAGCAUUUAUAGCUUGGUCUGAGAGAGUUUGUUUCACAUGUACUUUGUGAAAUGAAAUGAAGUGGUUGAACUGAGACAGUAUUGAACGGGUGUCAGGGUGGUUGCACAUGAAAAUUGGGUCACCUGCUUAGAUCGCAUUUGUAGGCUAAAUGUGGUAAAAUGAAGUAUGACCGGUGAUUCCUUUUCAUUAUGGUAUCUUAAAAUGAUUGGCAUUGUAUUAAUUUUUCUUUCGCUGAGUCCAUGGGAUGUUUUCUAAGCAGACCUUAGUAGCUGAUCAAACAGGACAAACAUGAGGUAACAUUUGCUUGAAACUUAAGACUAACAGUAGGUUUGCUGUGCAUAAACAUUUGAUGAUUCCUGAACUUAACAAGUUGUCAGUUGGUGGAAAUCUGUAAUACGAAUAGUGCAAUAAUUAAUGCAUUUUGGAAAGAUUCUGAUCUUGAUUUCAUCACAGGUCAAUGAUGGCCUUAUUUGGGACAUGCACAUACUUCCAUUGUGGCCUUACAUGGAGACCUAAAAAUCCAAGAAGCAGACCAGAUGCUAUAAAUAAUCAAAUAUGUUGAGAUUGAGAUUGGACAUGACCCAGUAUAUUGUGUUGAACUAGGUUGCUGGAAAAAUGCAAAUCUAUAUGUUGAGUCAUCUGUUACUGCAAACAUUAACUCAUUAACUCACUGUUUAUCACUUAAGCAUUUGCCUUACUCCAAAUCAAGUGAUUACAUAGCUGCAUUUAAGAUGCAUAUUAUUUUCCUUUCUGCGCCAAAAGAUCGAACUUAUGAACACUGCCACCACAGUCAGAAAAUACAGCCACCGACGACCCACACCAGAGCUCAGAUUUAGGUAUGAAUAUCUGCUCUGUUUGAGCUAAUUCCAUAGCAACAAUGAUGUGUAAUGUAUAUUAGAAUAUCAGAGAAGCACUCCAGGUUUGCAUUGGUGUGAGAGCUUGUUCUCCUUCUGGCUCUGGCUUUACUCCUACCGUGUGUCCAUCACUGAACCCUCAUUUACUCUACACUUCUAAAGUGUUCAUUCUGAAGAACUUGAAAAGCCGCUAUAAUAAUAGUAGAAUUUAUGAUACUUGUUCCUCUUUUGGAAAAUAAUUUUUUAAAAAGCUUCUCUCCAGUUUGUGUUAUUUAUUUGGUUUGGGUUUGUGGAAAAUGUCUUAAUGCCUUGUUAUGGUAUUUCUGUUUCUACUUUAUAUGCUUUUUUGUUGUUUUCUGAAGAAGUAAAAUGAAGCAGCACAUUUUAACCCAUUAACACAAAAUGAGUGAAUGAAUGCUCUCUGAGUAACAUCCAAGGGAAUCUGACCUCCCACAGUAAUGUAAGGAGAAACACAUGAUGUACACAGGGCAUUGGAUUUUCACCUUUUCUUCUGGUCAGUUUUUCAUUAGAUAUACUGUAACAUUAAUUAUGGUCUAUGUUAGACCAUAUUAGUUACUAAAUACAUUUACUCCCUGUUUACUUGAGCAUUGCACAUUGUGUUUACAUGAGCAACAGUGUGUUAAAUUGGGUUUAAACUGAGGUAAUUAGUAUGUUUAAUAAAAUUCCCUUCAACAAUUUAUCACAUUUUGAGUGUUACAGAUAUUGGUAUUUGUGAACCAAUAACCAAAAUAUGUAAAUCUACUAAAUACCUUCUGAAGAUACUCUGUUUUAAGUUGUAUUUAACUUGUACUCUCUUACUCUUGGUCCAGUUUACUUGCACAUACACUAUUUGUUGCUGAACCAGUUUGCAUUUCCAUGUUAUACUAUUGUGAAAUUAAUUAAAGUAAGUGACUAAACUGAA